AUGUUAGUGCUGCCUGGGUUAACGAAGUGCAAUGCUCAGCCUGAUGACAAGAGCAUUGGGCAGCACUUUGUUGCCCUCGCGUCGCCGCUUGGUGACAACCCAUCCAUCACAGAUAAUGCAGCAUGGAGGGACCUGCCCAACCCGAUGGACACUGCAAACUGGUUUCGCGUCGCAACGAUGUUGUGGUUCGACUCGCUCAUUCAUCGUGGGGCCAAGCGGACGAUGCAAGAGAACGAUGUAUGGAAGCUUUGCCCACGUGACACAGCGGCGCACCUUCACGCGAAAUUUCACGUUCACUGGCAACAAGAGCUCAACGGACAUGCCGAUCGCCCGAAAUUUGGUCGAGCCAUGUGGAAAACGCUGAAGUUAACAACGUUGUGGGCAACGACACUCCAUGGCUUGUACGCGGUCCUCAUGCUCGUCCAGCCGACUAUGGUCAAGCUGCUUUUGGAGUAUCUGCAGACGCCUCGCGACCAGCUGUCGCCGGGGGUUUCGAUGGGGUACUUCCUCGCAGCACUCUUGUCCGUCUUGUCGGUGGUGGCAAUUACUUUGGCCGAUUUCGGUCAGUACCUAAACACGACCUUGGGCGUGAACGCCAAGUCCAUUGUCAUGGACUCGGUGUACCACAAGACGCUAAAGCUGUCGAGAUGUUCAAAUGCGAAAAUGACAUCUGGAGAAAUCGUAACGAUGGCAGCCGUUGACUCUGAACGACUCUUUCAGGGGUACAUGGUCGUGCCGUGGCUGGUGGUAGCCCCAGCGACACUGAUAGCCGUAUUUAUCCUCGUCGGGAUCGAGAUGGGCUUCGUCGUCGGACUCGUUGGAGGUUUGUCAAUAGCCGCAGUCCUCUACUGGGGACUUGUGUCUGCAAAAGCCGUCGGACAAGCGCGCCAUCACAUUACAACCAUCCAAGCUGAACGAGUCAAGCUCACCAACGAAAUCCUCCAUGGAAUUCGAGUCGUCAAGCUCUACGCUUGGGAAACCUACAUGGAGGAGCGCAUUAAAACCAUCCGCGCCAAGGAACUAGCCCUGCUCCGAUCGUACCAGUACCAACGCGUGCUCAACACAGUCGUGCUGUCCAUUGCCCCGGUCUUUUCUCUGGCUUUGUGUCUUGCUUUAUACAUCGCUCAAGGCAACGAACUCACCACACCGCUGGCAUUCACUAUCAUAGCGUACGUGAACCAUUGA